UUUCAAGUUCUCCUUCCUUGCUCUUCAGCCAGAGACAACCACUGCUGUCUCUGGGGGUUUGGCUUCCGCACCCUUGGGAACCCGGAAUCCGAUCAUCCUCAGCCAGGGAGACGUCAACGUCAGAUUGAUCCCCAAUUUAGGAGGUUUCGCAAUGGGCCAUCCAGGAUUCCCUGUCCUCCAUGUUCUUCUGGGCUUAGCUUGGGCACAGCUGGGAGCUGUCCAAGCCCAGAGAGACUGUGGCAGCUGCUACCAGCUCAACCCAGGCACCAUUGCAGGCGUGGUGCUGGGAGAUCUGCUGCUGACUUUGCUCAUUGCAUUGGCUGUAUACUACGUGGCUGCCUGCAUCCAUCAACGCCAAUCAGCUGGAGACCUAAAGAACCCUCCGCAUGAGUCCCCAUAUGAGGAGCUCCAAGUCCGUGGGGUGGAUAUUUACAGUGACCUCAAAAAUCCCGGCCCUGGAACCUACAAAUAGUCUUCCUUCUCUGUGCUGCUCUUUUGAGCUUCUACGUACAGUGGUACCUCGGGUUACAUACGCUUCAGGUUACAUACGCUUCAGGUUAAAGACUCUGCUAACCCAGAAAUAGUGCUUCAGGUUAAG